GUGUGUGUGGGGGACACGUGACUUCCGGUGCAUCAUGUACUCAGAAUCAUUUCCGGAGCAAGGGAUGGAGGCGGAUGGUUCGUACGAGCCGGGGUUCGUGGGGAUCCGCUUCUGUCAGGAAUGCAACAACAUGUUGUACCCCAAAGAAGACAAAGAAAAUCGUAUCCUGCUUUAUGCGUGUCGAAACUGUGACUACCAACAGGAGGCCGAUAACUGCUGCAUUUAUGUAAAUAAAAUCACACAUGAAGUUGAUGAACUGACUCAGAUCAUUGCUGAUGUAUCUCAGGACCCCACACUGCCCCGUACAGAGGAUCAUCCCUGUUCAAAGUGUGGACAUAAAGAAGCUGUUUUCUUCCAGUCUCACAGUGCAAGAGCUGAGGAUGCCAUGAGACUGUACUAUGUCUGCACCGCCCCACACUGUGGUCAUCGCUGGACUGAGUGAUCUCCCUUGCUGAAGGAUUUUGUUUUACUUCAUGUGUUUUUAUUGUUAAAUAAAUGUACAUUUAUUUUU